AUGCGUACUACAUUAAUCAAUACAAUUUUAUGUUUUUUCAUUGUUAUGAUUGGUAUAACAUUAUCAUCUAGUAUGUCACUUGAUAAUGAUGAACAUAUUGCUGCUUCAAAUAUGGAUUGGAUUGAUGGUGAUAAUUAUUAUCCAAGUCAUCAACUUGAUCUUCGUGCAGCUAAAUCACGUUUCUGGAAACGUGCACCAAAUCGUCAUUUUUGGAAACGAUCAAUAUCAAACGAAUGA